AUGUGUCAAAGCAAACGGUUUAUACCUACCUCACAUGAAAUUAAAAUUAUUUUACGCUGUGCUGAUAAAACAAAAAUAUUGUUUGGCAAUGCUGGACAUUGUGGUGCGGCAAAUGUUCAUUUUGAUGAUUUUAAAAUUACUAUUCCGGGUAUGAAACCAAAAUUACAAUUGAGUCAAGCAAUUAAUCAGGCAAUGAUUCAAAAUGGUGAAGAGGGUAAAUAUUAUGUAACAACCCAUCGUUUUGUACCCACACCUGUGUUGGCACAAACACAACGCAUAGAUUUAAAUGAUCUAUUUACAGGUGCACGCCCCACAAGGGUUAUCACAUAUAUGAAAUUGCAAACUAGAUAUAAUGGCGCACACAACCUUAACCCUAAUUUAAUAGCAUUCCCUGAUUUACAAUUUUAUGGAUUAAAAAUUAACGAGGCUUUUGUACAACCUUUGGUUCAAAAUUCUCGUGAAGCAUAUCGUAAUUUUCGAACCAUUUUGAAUCGUCGCUAUGAUGAAAUGCCAUUUUCUCACAAGGAUUAUCAAAGCAGUUACGGUAUUAUUGUAACUGAUUUGUCAGAAAAUAAAGAUAGUUUUAAUCAGGUUUUACCAAAUUCUACCAUCGGUGUAAUAAGUUUGGAAAUGAGGUUUAAUCAACCUUUGGCACAUCAAUAUCAAUUAAUCAACAUUGCGGAAUUUCGUAAUCAAUUGUUUGUUGGCUAUCAAAAUCAAGCACACACGAAAUAUGACUUUUAA